AUGAUCUUCCGACAUAGGCGCCGAGCUCUGGGUCUCAACCAGACUAAAGUCACUCUUCAAACUUUCUUGGCAUGGAAGAAACGCAAGCGACAGGAAAAAAUUGCUGCUGGUAACGCCGAAAGGGCUAAAAAGGAGGCUAACUUCACUCAAGGCCGUCUCGUCGGGAUUUCAGGACGUGAGAUGUUCGAAUUCAAUCCUGACUUCGUUAAUGAGGGCGAGGAAAUUGAUGGUGAUGUUUGUGACUCUCGGCUUCGCGAAGAAGAGGAAGAAGAGGUCUGGUUGGAUGUCGAAGUGCGUGAUAUCGAUCUUUCGGCGUUCGACGAGGAACACCUCCUGGAACUCGGUGACUUAGCAAUUGAUGAAGACCUUUUCAAUAACGAGGACCUGGAAGGCUUAGAGGAAGAACUCGAGGGCCUCGAAGUGGAGCCGUGA